AUGGAGGACAACUUUUAUACCACCGUCUCAAACCACUCCAUUCCCGCGACAAGCAGCUGGGUAGCUAGCACCUGGAAAGCUGCAAGCUCACCUAAUGUGGUCCUCGCUCUCGUCCUAGGUCCCUUCAUUAUUGCUGCUAUUACGCGGUAUCUUAGUAGCAGACCGUCACCUCAAGUAGGGGAAGAAAAGAGUGCUUGGAAAGUGCCGUACUGGAUUCCUUUUAUUGGACAUGGGUUCAGCUUUUUGUGGGAUCCAUCUAAGAUGCUGAGGGAGGCCAAGGAACAGAGUCCUAAUGCCAUAUUCGCUUUACAUAUGGGAGGGACAACUCAUAACAUUGUUUCCGAGCCAGAUUUAGUGAGGAGUGCAAUGGCACAGAGAGAAUCGACUUUAUCAUCCCACGAUGUUGUAUGGAACGUUAUACAAAAGUUUUUUGGCUUUCCAAGUAACAGCAAAGCAAAGUAUUUUGCGAACUGGGAUGAAUUGAAUACCACGUACAAGUACAUGCUGCGUGAGCCAUAUUUGGGUCAAAUGCUCAAUACCACCGUCCGAAAUAUGGAACGUCAUAUCUGUUCCAUGGUUUCCUUCGUCGAUACAGAUAUUGAUCUCCAGCCAUGGGAGAGGUACGCUGAGGCUAGUUAUGUCUCUGACACUGAAACAUCUCUGGAUCUCAUGAAGCUCAUGAGAGAUGUAAUGGGUCAUGCUUCUAUUCCUGCUAUGCAUGGGAAUGCCUUUUUAGAUAAGUACCCUGAAGUUUUGCAUGACAUCUAUGAAUUGGACAAAGGUAUGCUUUAUCUCAUCAUGGGCUUGCCGGCAUGGACGCCUUGGAGUCCCGUCAUAUCUGCACAUAACGCUCGUCGAAGACUUUGGGAAGCCCUCGAUGCUCAACAGGUGGCAAUGGAUGCACAAGCUAAAGGAGAGGAUCCUGGUGACGGUUGGGGGGACAUGGAAGACGUCAGCCCUUUCACCAGAAAUAGAAACGAGAUGUACAGAGACAAGGGAUUUGCUAUUCGAGAACGUGGAGAACUGCCUACUACAUGGGCUCUCAUAAUCAAUUCCUCUCUUAUAGUCUACUGGCAAAUCCUCUACAUCCUCGACAACCCCUCCCUACUCGCCGAAAUCCGAUCCGAAAUCGAACCACAUAUCACAAUCCAUAAACCCAUGUCAAUCGGCCGCAUCUCUGAGGCUCCUCGCAUCACCAUCGACCCAGAAGGCUUGACUACCUGCCACGUUCUAAAAGCAACCUACCUCGAAUCGCUUCGUCUCAGUGCCCAACCCUGGAGCGUCAGGACGGUAGGUACAGAUGUAACGCUCAAAGGCGACAACUCUAACUCCAACUACCUUGUCAAAAAGGGGGAAUACGUGACCAUGCCUCACGAUCUCCACAUGAGGGACCCAGCAUACUUCUCUGACCCAGCGAAAUUCGAUCAUGAGCGUUUCUUAGUUCGCGAUGAAGAAGGCAAGAUCACGGGUACGGAUAUGAAGACCAUUCGACCUUAUGGUGGGGGACCGAGUUUGUGUAAGGGACGGGUGCUGGCUGAGAGGGAGUGUCUGGCGCUGGUUGCGGGCGUGUUGGCGUAUUGGGAUUUUGAACCGGAUGAGGGGACGAGGUUUAGGAUUCCGAAGCAGUUGAAGACUUCGGCGGUUGCGAGACCGGAUGGGGAUACGAGGGUUAAAGUUCGGAGGAGGAAGUUUGAGUGGGAUGAGUAG